CAACGGACAGCGCGCGCUUCGAGGAGUUAUUGUACAUCUCUUACAACUGUGUUUGUAAGGUCAGCUCAUCUUCGGAAAAGGAAUAAGUUUGUGCAAGUGUUAAUGUUUUGAUAACGAGCUUAGAAAGCGAAGUGUGGAGGAGCGUGUGAACACUUCGUAGCCCAUCACCAACAAACUGACGUUAACGGAGCAGCGAACGUAGGAACAAACGAGCAGCAGCUCAUCAACACACACUGCAGCACGUCGGUUAAACUGGUGAGCGUUUGUGUGGUGACAAGCACUGCAAAAUGACACCACAGAAAAAGAGGAGAGGUUUGAAACAGAAGCUGAAGAGGCAGAAGGAGGAGCAGGAGGAGAUCCACAGAGAGAGAGGAGGGGAGGAACUGACAGACGGGACAGAAAGAGGAGCGCAGCUCUCUGAGGAACAGAGAAGAGGAACCAAAAUGAAGCUUCACACCUGUCAACACUGUGACAAGGCCUUCUCAACAUCACAGUGUUUAAAGCGUCAUCAGCGUAUUCACACUGGAGAGAAGCUGUACAGCUGCGACCAGUGUGGAUCAGCUUUUAAAAAUUUGGGGAGUCUAAAAUACCAUCAACAUAUUCACACUGGAGAGCAGCCAUACAGCUGUGACCAAUGUGGGGCAGCUUUUAAUCAGAUGGGGAAUCUCAAAGUCCAUCAACGUAUUCAUUCUGGAGAGAAGCCGUACAGCUGUGACCAGUGUGGGUCAGCUUUUAGAGUGUUGGGGAAUCUAAAAUCCCAUCAACGUAUUCACACUGGUGAGAAGAUGUUUUGGUGUGAAUGGUGUGAGAAAACUUUCACUACAUCAAGUGCACUAAAAGUCCAUCAAAGUAUUCACAUUGGAGUGAAGCCAUACAGCUGUGACCAAUGUGGGGCAGCUUUUAGACAGUUGUGGAGUCUAAAUUCCCAUCACCUUAUUCACACUGGACAGAAGCCGUACAUCUGUAAUCAGUGUGGGUCAGCUUUUACACAGUUGGGGAGUCUAAAAUCCCAUCAGCGUAUUCACACUGGAGAGAAGCCGUAUAGGUGUGACCAAUGUGGGGCAGCUUUUAGAGUGUUGGGGCGUCUAAAAUCCCAUCGACGUAUUCACACUGGAGAGAAGCCGUACAGCUGUGAGCAAUGUGGGGCAGCUUUUAUCCACUUGCAGAGUCUAAAAUCCCAUCAACGUAUUCACACUGGAGAGAAGCCGUACAGCUGUGACCAAUGUGGGGCAACUUUUAGAAGGUUGGACUAUCUAAAAGUCCAUCAAUGUAUUCACACAAGGGCAAACAUGUAAAUCUGUCAGUGUGUCUA